AUGGAACAUCCUAAUCUAAGCGAAAAAGACUCUCAAGAUGUCGACAGGUCAGAUCGCCCGAGCACCGAAGGGGAAGUCCAGCCGCCAGACUCUACAGAAAUUGAAAAGACAUACCCACCAAAGAAAAUCGUCCUUCCGACAAUGAUUGCUCUUUUCCUUGUCUUCUUCCUUGUUGCUUUAGACCGUACCAUUAUAGGCACGGCUAUACCCACCAUCUCGGCCGAGUUCGACAGCUUCGGGGACAUCGCGUGGUACGAAUCCGCCUUCCUCCUGCCUCUCUGCGUCUUCCAACUAUCUUUCGGCCUCGUCUUCAAAUACUAUUCCACUAAAUGGGUCAUCUUCGCACUCGCAUUCAUAUUCGAAAUUGGGUCUAUCGUCUGCGCUUCGGCACCCACCUCAAACGCCUUGAUUGUUGGACGAGCCAUUACGGGCAUUGGUGGCGCUGGUAUCGGCUCUGGCGCUUUCAUCUACGUGACUCUACUGUUCCCUCUUGAGGAACGUCCAAAGUAUCUCGGUGCUCUCGGCGCUGCCUUUGGUCUUUCCUCCAUCUUGGGUCCAAUCCUUGGCGGCUACCUUACCUCCGUCACCUGGCGCUGGUGCUUCUGGAUCAAUGUCCCCAUCGGUGGUCUUGCUCUAUUCCUUCUCUGUAUCCUCGCCCCCAACAGACCGCCCCCUUCCAAACCUGCGGAUACAUGGCGCCAGAGAUUCUUCGACCUUGAUCCGCUUGGUUUUGUCCUGGUUGCUGGAUCGAUCAGCAGUCUUCUCUUUGCGCUUGAGUUUGGCAAAGAGAACCAAGAAUGGUCCAGCGGACGUGUUGUCGCUCUCUUUGUUGUGUUUGCUGUCUUGUUGCUCAUCUUUGCGGGUUAUCAAGUCUGGAGAGGUGAGAAAGCGACCAUUCCGCCCAGGAUUCUGAAGCAGCGCACGGUGUUGGUCGCCUGUCUCUUUGGCUUUGCCGUUAGUUCAGUACUGGUGGUGUACCCGUUCUACCUGCCAGUCUGGUUCCAGGUAGUCAAGGGGAAGUCAUCCCAAGACUCUGGUAUUGCUUUGUUGCCUCUGCUUCUCAGCAGUGUGCUGAUGGUCAUGCUUGGCGGAGUUCUGGUUAGUAAAAUUGGGUACUACACACCAUUUGCUAUCGGCGGAGCUGCUAUACUGGUGGUCGGUUCGGCGCUGUUUACCACUUGGACAGCGGAUGUCAGUACAGGAAAAUGGGUGGGAUAUCAGAUGAUUGCCGGAGCGGGUAUGGGUUUGGCACUUCAGCAGCCGGCCAUUGCAAUCCAGACCUUCCUGUCGGACAGUGAUAGUGCGGUUGGUCUGUCCAUCCUCAACUUUGUCAACUUCUUCGGUGGAACGAUCUUCAUCACAGUGUCUCAAAGCUUAUUUCAAGGCCAACUUCAAACUAAGAUCACGAAGUAUGUCCCUGAUAUCGAUAUUCACCAACUCACAAACAGCGGCGCCGCAGGUGUCAAGAGUCUUGUACCUGCUGAUAAGAUGGAGCUUGUUCUGGGUGCAUACAAUGAUUCGAUGAAAGCUAUUUGGUACCUUGGGCUUGGUUUGGCCUGUGCUGCUCUGCUUGCGUCAUUCGGCUUUGAAUGGAAGACUAUAAAAACAGACAAGAAGAAGCUGUCGAAGCAGCCUUCUGAAGACUGUGUGGCUGUCUAG